AUGGAGUUUACGUGUCAGCGCCAGCUUUUUGGUGUAUUUGAAUCACCGCUAGAUUUUAUAGAAGCAUACGCGGAAAUAUACGACAACCAGAAAAAAGAGCCUAUCAAGGUAUUUUAUGACGAAAUUCCUUAUUCUCAAGUCUUUGAACAGCAGAUUUUGAACUCUCUAUACGAGUGUAAGGACGAAACGAUUUUCUUCAAAACUGAGAAACUAAUAGACUCGAUGAAACAAAGAGAGUUUUACGAUCAUAGAUUUUACGACCGAUGUAAGGAUCUAUACAUAAAGGGAGUGGCAGUUCUUUUAGACAAUGUUGAAAACAGCCUGUUUAAUGACGAGAUAUUGCUGGGACAUAUCAAUUACCAGGUUUUUACGGAGGAUACAAAAUUACAGAAGAGAGAAUUUGUAGAGAAUGUCUUGAAACUGUACAAAUUCACAAAUUAUAACAUCAACAUAACCAACUUCCUUGUUUAUCUGAUGGAAAACAACUUUAAGAAAAGCCUUGGAAAUAUAAAAGCAUUCGUUGAUCAGAUGUGCAUACAUAAGUACUAUCUGCACGAGCUGAACAAAGCUUUGCUUGUUUUUCCAGAGAGCAAAUUCAGGGAUGAACGUGAGCUGUAUAAGAAAAUAAGUAUAUCUGAAUAUCUUCUGGGUGCAGAAAGAGUACUUGAAUAUUCAUUUGAUGAAUAUUUUGUUCGUCUUUUAAGCGCCGUAAAGGUAUUCAUUGAAUCGCAAGAACCAGACAAUGCGUAUUUAAUGAUUAUGAACCUGCUGAGCGAGCUCUCUCUCAGGGAUAUAGGUAUCGAUGAAAAGUUACUCGAAGGUAUAAAGAACCUUGCCAAGUCCUUGCUUGUGUAA